AUGGUUAUAAAAUGAAUGAGUGAGUGCUUCAAGUGCACCAUAGUCAUAUCCUACCUGUCCCGCUGCAGCCACACCAGGUUGUCUUGGAAAUAGACUAAAACAUCAAACAUCAAGUAAUUUCAGAGACCUCUCCUGUCAAGCGGAUACGAAACGGUACUAUCAGUCUCAUGCGAUGUGGUGGGGUACACUGGGCACUGUGCGACCCUUCCCCAACUUCAACUCAGAGAAGGACGCCCGCCACAUUCAAACUGCCCUGGAGAGCAAAGACAGUGAUGUGAACACUUUGGUGAGAAUCCUGACCAAUCGAAACAAUGUUCAGAGACAAAGCAUCGCAGAGUCCUACCGUAACCUCACACAGAAGGAGUUAUGUCCUGCCCUGAGGAAAGCUCUGUCAGGGGGGCUGGAGCAACUCAUGCUGGGGCUGAUGAUGACCCCCUCUCAGUUUGACGCCCAUCGCCUCAGACAGACCAUAGAGGGUAUUGGUACAGAUGAAGAGAGUCUAUUGGCUGUGUUGUGUACCAAAUCACCACAGCAGCUUAAAGAUGCCACUAUUGCCUACAAACAGGAGUUUGGACGUUACUUGGAGAAUGAUCUUAUCAGUGAGACUAGUAAAGACUUCACUAAGCUGGUACUGGCCAUACUCAAGAAGGAGGAGCUGAAUUCAAAGGAGAUGGUUGAUUAUCAGCUCAUUGACCAGGAUGUUAAGGCUCUAAAUGAUGCUGUGAAUGGUAAGAAAAAGGACCCAGCCCCCUGGAUUCAGGUGUUAACCACGAGAGACUCAAACCAUCUCAACAGAGUGCUAUCCAGGUUGGAGGAUCUGAGAGGGGAGACUGUGGAUAAAACAGUACAGAGUCACUUCUCUGGGGACCUGAGGCUUGGCUUCCGCACUCUGGUUGGCUCCAUCCCAAGUAUUCCUUUGUUCCUGGCCCAGCGUCUACACAGCAACAUUAAGAAAGGCAGUUUAGUGCAGGGGAUUCUUAUCAGCCACAGUGAAGAGGACCUCCUCUGUGUGAGAAUCGAGUAUCGCAGACUGACCAACACUUCACUCUACUCUACAUUGCAGAAAGAAUACAAAGGAGAGAUGCAGCAGGCUCUCCUAGCCUUGUGUCGAUCUGAAGACCUGUAAAGGAAGAAUACCUUUUAACCUACACUCAGUACAUAUUAUUUCCGUUGUUGUAACCUAAGAACUGGUAUUAUGUCGCUCCAUUAAACAAUUUACACGUCUUUGAUAUUUCAG